GCAAGGCCUGUGAGCGAAGCAUGGCUGUCCCGAAGGCGGGCGGCGCCGGCGCCCACCGGGCCGGGGCUCUGAAGCAGCAGAACAAACCGCACAAAGCUGGCAGGCACCGCCGGAACAGCGCCCGAAGGCAUGCCGUUGGGGUGUCUGUCAAAACUCUCAGCUCUCAAAAGCGCCGCAACUUGGCCAAGUUGGAUCGCAAGCAUCGGGCACUGCAGCUCCGUCAGCGGUCCAAGGAGGCGGUGCUGGCAGAGAAGCGAAACUUAGGCCACAAGGAUGCGCCACCACACCUGGUGGCUGUGGUCCCACUACACGCUAAUGUUGACAGCCAAAGUGUCUUGCGGCAGUUUCAGAGCAGCGAGGCUUCUGUUGUGCACCAGGCCGAGAGGGGUCUUCCGGGUUUUGUCUUGCUGUGCCCGCGAUCUAAGUUGCGAUGGCAAUUUGUGGUAGCUGACAGAGGGAACCUUUUUGCUGUUCUGGACCUCGCUAAAGUCGCUGACACCCUUCUUUUUGUGCUGGAUCCACUUGAAGGCUGGGAUGCUGUUGGCAACUACUGCCUUUCCUGCAUCUUUGCACAGGGGCUCCCCAGCUAUGGCCUUGCUGUUCAAGGUCUUGCUGACCAACCGCUGAAGAAGCAAAUUGACUUGCAGAAAAAACUGAGGAAGAUUACUGAGAAGAGGUUCCCCGAGGCCAAGCUCUUCCCCCUCAACACAGAGCAGGAGUCUGUGCUCCUGCUGCAUCACCUCGCCACCCAGAAACAGCGGCACCUGGCAUUCCGGGACCGGCGAGCGCACCUGCUGGCUGAAGCUGUGGAAUUUGUUCCUGGGCCAGGCAGUGCUUUGGUGGGGACUCUGAAAGUGUCUGGCUACGUGAGAGGGCGGAGCCUGAACGUAAACCGUUUGGUGCAUAUCGUGGGCCACGGGGACUUUCAGAUGAGCCAGGUGGAUGCCACCCCAGAGCCAUUUGGACAGAACCUGAGAGCUGCUAAAGGGCAACCUAGAAGAGGCAAAGGUGUGCAGGACAACACUUUCAGCAAAGUGGCUGAGAUGGAGGAAGAUGUGCAGGUCUUAAUGAGGGCUGAUCCUAGCAAGCAGGAGUCGCUGCAGUCAGAGAUUGUCCCUGAUCCCAUGGAUGGAGAGCAGACUUGGCCCACCGAAGAAGAGCUGAGUGAGGCAGCAGAAUCCCUCAAGCAGACCAAGAAGAUCUCCAGGAGGGUCCCCAAAGGCACUUCUGCCUACCAGGCUACCUGGAUUGUAGAUGAGAGAGAAGGUGAGAGCGGCAGUGAUGACGAAGAGCUUGAUGAGGCAAAUGGGAUGGAGGAAGAGACAUCUAUGGAAGAGGCCAUCUCCCAGGAUGGGAGCAGCAGUGACGAGGAGGAGGAGACAGCUACAGAGGAUGAAGAGUGUGAGUCCAUGGUGCUGCCAGAGGAUGUUGAGAAGAUGGAGGAAGAGGAGGCGGUGCUGGAGAAGUACCAGCGGGAGAGACAGGAAGAGAUGUUUCCAGAUGAAGUGGAUACUCCCCAGGAUGUGGCAGCCAGGAUCCGCUUCCAGAAAUACCGGGGACUGAAAAGCUUCCGGACAUCCCCAUGGGACCCUAAUGAGAAUCUCCCCAGGGACUACGCCCGGAUCUUCCAGUUCCAGGAUUUCUUCCAGACCAGGAAGCACGUCUUCCGACAGCUGAAGGAGGCGGAAGAGGAUGGAGCGGCGGUUGGCACCUACGUGACGCUUCACAUUUGCAAUGUUCCAGUCUCCGUAACAGAGGGUUUCCAACAGCAGCUGCCUCUGGUGCUCUACGUCCUGCUACCUUAUGAGCAAAAGAUGUCUGUGCUGAAUCUCCUGGUCAGACGCUUCGCAAGCUACACUGAGCCUGUUCAGGCUAAGGAGGAGGUGAUCGUUCAUUGUGGAUUCCGCCGCUUCCAGACCUCGCCACUUUAUUCCCAGCACAGCUCAGCAUCCAAGCACAAGCUGGUGCGGUUUCUACCAGCUGAUGGUCCCACCAUGGCUACCAUGUAUGGCCCCAUCACUUUCCCACCAGCUUCCGUGUUGCUGUUCAAGCAGAGGAGUGACGGAUCACAUGACCUCCUGGCCACGGGUUCUCUCCACAGCGUUGACCCCAGCAGGGUGACCCUCAAGCGGGUGGUGCUCAGUGGCCACCCUUUCAAGAUCCACAGGAAGAUGGCUGUUGUGCGCUACAUGUUCUUCAACAGAGAGGACGUGUCGUGGUUUAAGCCAGUAGCACUCCGGACCAAGUGGGGUCGGCGGGGGCACAUCAAAGAGCCUGUGGGUACCCACGGCCUGAUGAAAUGCCAGUUUGACGGGCAGCUGAAGUCCCAGGACACAGUGCUGAUGACCCUCUACAAGCGGGUCUUCCCCAAAUGGAUAUAUGAGCCCCAUGUUCCAGGACUGAGCAGGAUUGGGGAGAGCACCCUUUGUGAAAGGGAGGAAAUGGACUAGAAGGAGUCUGGCUUCAUUUGCACCUUUUAUCAGGAAGGGAAGCUUGAAAGAAGUGUUGUUGUCUGGCAGUCCUAAGGGGGGCUAGAGCCUUAUACCUUCUGCCCUUGGAAGAGCUGGGGGUGGGGGGGAGAAGUCCCUUUCUUUCCUUCACGUUCAGUGCUUCUGAGGGUCUGGGUCCCUCGUGCAGCUGCCUUAACACCUGUUCAAUGAAUAAAAAUUACUCAUGU